AUGAAGUUCAUCACCGCUGCCGCUGCCGCUGCCGCUGCCGCUCUUCUUAGCGCCGCCGCAGCCUUGGCCCCUCCGACCCCCUCUUCCGACCCGUCCGUGGUGGCUACCUACUUGAUCCAGGACUUCCUCAUUGGCUUCGUUGACAACGUCGUGUCCUUCAAAGUUGGGAUGAUCAACGGCGAGACGGCCGCUGAGUGCUCUACGUCGGGAAGCGCGGUCGUCAGCAACCAAAGUUACACUUGCAACAACUCGUACUUCAGCUUCACCUUGGACACCGACGAGCUGCCAUUCAACCUCACCCUUCGUGAGAACUGGGAUCAGGGACCCAUUGCCGGAUCCACCCUCAUCUUUUACCAUAGCCAGAACGUUGUAAUCCAGCUUCGCUACGUUGAGUAG